AUGAACGAGACCACUCUGAAAGUGGAGAGGCCGCAAAGCGAUGAUGAGGCCCGCCUAGCAGCUCUAAGCAAGGAGCAGGUGAUGGGCCGGCACUUCAACGUCUGGUCGCUGAUCUUCCUCGCCUUCUGCACAAGUGUCACCUGGGAAGCGCUCACCUCGACCAUGGCCCAAUCCCUUCGGGCGGGUGGCAGUUCCAGCCUAGUGUGGGGGUUCGCCGCCGCGGCUAUCGGGGCCAUGGCCAUCGCCCUCUCGCUCGCUGAGUUCUCCAGCAUGGUUCCGACAGCCGGCGGGCAAUACCACUACGUGGCCGCCCUGUCUCCACUCAAAUACACGCGUCUGUUUUCGUGGAUCGCCGGCUGGGCUACCAUCUGGAGCUGGCUUCUGUCAGCGCUGACGGGUAUCUUCUCCAACGCCAUGCAGCUGCAAGCGUACAUCAUCCUGUUUGCUCCAACCUACUCGUAUCAGCGAUGGCACACAAGCUUGAUUGUCAUCGCUAUGACCACUUGCUUUUUCGGUAUUAAUAUUCUCGGUACCCGCUGGCUGCAUCGAUUAACCUUUCUGGGUAUUGUGCUGCAUGUUGCCGGAUACUUCACUAUCAUCAUUUAUCUGUUGGUGAAGGUGCACCCCAAGAAUACGGCCAGUUAUGUCUUCGCCGACCUGACUAAUAUGAGCGGCUGGAAAAGCGAUGGAGUCUCGUGGUCAGUGGGUCUGAUGAGCUCCGCAGUGGCUUUCAUUAACUGGGACUCGGCUACCCAUAUGGCGGAGGAGAUGCAGAAUGCGUCGAGGGAUCUUCCCCGAGUCCUUUAUGGCUGCGUCGCUCUUUCCGGUAUCCUCACCUUCCCUUGGGUAAUCGCUCUAGCCUUCUGCAUCACAGACGUCCAGGGCUUGAUAAAUGGGCCAGUGGGAAGAAUCUGCCCGUUAGUGCAGCUCGUGUACAACGUUUCCGGCGGAAGCCAAACAAUGACUAUCGGAAUCACCUGGUUCUUCCUCUUCCUGGGUUUCUUCAUCGGCGGUCCAGGGUGCAUGGCGGCAUCCUCUCGCGUCAUCUGGUCGUUCUCGCGAGAAGGGGGUCUCCCCGAAUGCUUUUCCCGAGUCCACGGCCGCCUUGAGGUCCCCGUCAACGCAUUGCUGCUAUCAUGGGUAGGGAUAUCUGCCCUGGCGCUGAUUUACAUCGGCAACGAGACCGCCUUUUACGGAAUCGCUUCCGGUGUGACGGUGGUAAUGGUUUUCUCGUACGCAUUGCCCAUCUUCCUCCGGAUUAUUUACGGCUUUGAGCACACGAAUUUGCCGCCCGGUCCUUUCACUCUCGGUGUCUGGAGCUUGCCCAUUAACGUCUUUGCCGCGUGCUGGUGUAUUUACCUCAUCAUCUUCCUGUGCUUCCCCACCAUCGUGCCUGUCACGGCACAAAAUAUGAACUACGCGCCUCUUAUCUUUGGAGCUAGUAUGUUGGUUGCUGCUGGGACAUGGUGGGUGUAUGGUAGUCGGCUUUAUCUUGGGGUUCUGUCUGAGGAAGUUAGCUCUAUCCAUCAGCAGGAGACGAUUGUGGUUCAGCAGAUUGAAGAUGAGAAGAAAAGGGGCGAUAUCUCUUCGGAUAUAUAG